GCAACAAGAUUUCAAAUGCAAUAGGCCUACUUUAUUAUGGCGUCUAGUAUCACCCCCGAUAUUUUGUCCUAUUCUGAGCAAAAAGGGCAUGAUGAGCCCGCUGAAGAAUCAGGAGAGAGUAGCCAAGGCAGUGAACAUCGUGUUAAAGGAGAGCCCAUAAGGCCAAUACCACGAAGAGCCUCGGCAUGGCGUGCUAUGAAUGCCGAGGAUCUGGGAAUUUUCUGGUGUAGAGAAAUGUAUGGAUACGAUGAAAUAUUCGAAAAAGCCCGUGUUCAGCAUGUUGAUGAUGGAUGUGGCAUUGCCGGUUGGGAAAACCUGGACAAGUUGGUCUCCCUCUACUCAAAAUACAUGGAUAACGUUUUUCGUUGCUCGCCAGCUGAAAUUAAGGAAGUAAACUUGAUUAUGACACGUUCUGAAUGCGCGAAAGAAGCUGAUCUGAUGCUGGUUCGUGAUGUUUGUGAUAAACUGAAAGAAAAUAUCAGCCGGCUUACUCUUCCUGAAACUUCGAGGAUAUGUGCAACACAGAUGAUGAUGGCUCAACCAUCGCCUUCGACAGAUUUCAAUGCCUGUAAACUCUUCGUAAACACUCGUUUAAAUCCAGGUACACUUAUAUUUUUGCAACGAUUUGAAUCCAUGCUGCUGCGCUUCCUCAAGGGCAAGAAACCAUCGGAAAUAAAUUACCAAACACUAUUUGCAGAAUUUGCUAGUAUCUUUAUCAUAACCUUCUGUCCUGGAGAUAUGCAGCAAAUGGAUAUAUUUGGGAAAAAAGUGACCUCGACACCAGAUCUUCGCUAUGUUAAAUGCAAGGAUCAAGAUGUUUUAGUGGCGACAAUAGCUGAGGUUAAAAAAAUGCCAAAAAUAGCAGGUGGCCCUCCAGAGAAGCGUCGGCGCUUAAUUGAUGAGGACAUCAGUGAUGAUAGUGAUGAUGAUGAUGAGGAGGAGGAUUCUUUCUUGAGUGAUAAACUGCGUGGGCAGCAUGCAGCUGAGCUCCUACUUGAAGUAUCGGAAUCAAUCCUCCCCAUACAUGAGAAAAAAAGGCAUGUCCUGGGAUUAACUAUACAAGGAACAAAUGUCUGUUUGACAGGUUUGGAAAUAGAUGAGGACCAUUUCAAGCAACUGCAGGAGCCUGUUUACAAAGAGCUUAAAGAUGAAAAGGCAAUGAUAUACCACACACGAUCCUAUGACAUGUUCAUCAAGGAAGAUCGUCAUCACCUUAUCAAAAUCUUGUUAACUUUGGUCAAAUUAGCCGACAAUAGGUAUUUGAUGCAUCUCCUUUACCCACAGGAUAAGCUAUGAAUAAAAAUUUCGAUGCUUGUUUUAGUUUUCUCUAUAAAGUGCAAAGGUGGGAACAGUGCUGUAUCGAUUUUGAGUCUGAUCCAGAACCCAAUACGGCUGCCAGAUGGCAAUCUCGCUUUUAAAUUUUUCUUUACUUACUAUGAACAUGUUAGUCUUGUUAUGAUCUAAACCUCUUCUUAUAAUGAACUGAAAAUUUACUCUGUUAUAAAUUUGUCUCUGAAUUUGGUAUUUUUACUAAUCAAUUAUGUUUGAUGUAAUGAAUGAGUCUGAAUGAACUAACAUAGUGGAAGGUGUAUUUCAAGCCACACUUACUCUACAUGUAUUUCUUGGAGAACCAGCAUUACAGUCUUUGUUGCAAUCAAUAAUCAUGUGGGAGAGGAGCAAUUAGGAUACCAAAACCUAUUUCAGAAGGGGGGUCUUUGAGCCAAAUUAUUGGGACAUGAAUUUGUACAAACACAAACUAUAAGGAAAACGUUUUGGUGAAAACGUGGCACAACAGUACAAAAUCUUUUCGAUUUUUUUCGAUGGGAGUCUGACGAAAAGUUCGCUACUCUGAAAUUAAUGAUGGCAUUGCAACCAAAUUUAAUGUAUCUAUGUACUCGUAACAGUAUCCCCAGUUUUCAAUGUAAUCCGGUGACAAAUAUGGCCACUGCCAUCUUGAAUAUUAUACUCCCUAGACUGUUGAACAUACUGCAUUGACAUUUAUUACGCGAGGUGAGCACAAGGUCCCUGGACCAUUCAUUUUUCCAGAACAGGUCACAUUUUCUGGUGUGGUUUUUUUUGUUAAUACAGAAUGACACAAAAUAAUUACAAUCAAGGAUGCCUAUAAUUGCAUCAAUACUUAUAGAGGAAACUAUUUUUCUCUUUUAACGUUUAACUUGCAUUGUAGUAUCGCUUUUUUGGUGACAGGGUAUAUCUACUGCAUAUGUAUGUAUAUUGCCAUGCCUUUUUGCUUCAUUCCUAUGAUCAUUUUAUCUUUCACUCACUCCCUGGUGUCUGUGUUAACUGUAUGUAAUGUCUCUUUCAAGUUUAGUCUGUAUUUCAUUAUGUGCUUGGUACACCUUUUUGGACGCUGACGAUGAGCUAGUUGUCAUUUCUAGAACAUGGUACUGGGUAUUAAAAAUAUGGCCACUUUUUUGUUUCUGUUUGAAAAUGGUUUAAAAAGAGACCCAACAUUUUUCCCAUACAAUACAUGUAUCUUCCCUUUUUAAUGAAAAUGCCUUAAGAUUAUUUUAGCAUUUGUUUUCUCAGUUUUGAUACUUUUUGUUCACAAAUUAGCAUAAAGAUUGUGUCUAUCUAAUGGCAGAUUUUUUUGGGUUUUGAACCAGAAUGAUGCUAACAUCAAAAGCUUCAGAAAGUGGCCAGAGAAAAGAGGAUACAGUUAAGUUGAUGAGCUGCCUAAGUUUACUUUGACAAAAAAUGUUUGUAGAAUUCAGAAGAUGAUUCAAGAAACCAUGUCUAAAUGUGCAACUGUUGUUACAAAGACAUUCACUGAUCACUUUCUAUCAUAACUUGACUUGAAAUAAACCCAUGACUCUAGCAAAGGUACACAAGUCUUUUUAACCAAAGAUGGAUGAUCAUGUUAAAGGAGUUUGCCCGGCUUUAUGGCCCUGUUCAGUAUGUCUCACUGAUAGUGGCACUGAGAUGGAGAAUGAUUAUGGAUUUUUAGAUUCGUUCAAUUUAAAGCCAGUCCCCAGAAUGCAGUAUGGUAUGAGAAUGUGCAAACUCCAGCUUUUUUGUAUGACCAGCUCAUGAUACAAGUCAGACCUUAUCUACUUUAUCUACAUGUAUGUAUAGAAAUUUUAAAAAGAAACUGAAAAAAGUACCAAACAAAUUACAGUGAGUGCUCUGGGUAGCCAAAGUGUAACUGAUAUCCAAAGUGACCCAGUUGCUGGCAGAUUAUAGCCUCGGUUUAGUAUACCUGGUUAGCAUAAACUUGGCUGCCCACUGACAUAGAUUCAUGCAUAAUAUGUCCUAGUUUACCUAUAUUAGGAAUGUAAACAAUAAUAGUGCCAUGCAUGGAAAGUGGAGUUUGUCCAUCUGAAAUGUGCAUUGAAUUCACUAUUGCAGUGCAAUAAAUAAAAUCACCCUCUCAACAUCCCUAAUCCAUUGAAUCAAGAAUAUCCAAAUAUCCAAACAAUUAUUUCAUUCCAUAUUCCUUUUUUGGUCGAAAAAUAUAAAUCAAAGUAAGGGUCACUGAAUGAAUAUAGGCCUACAAAGGUGAAACAUUGAUAAUCCAAAAGAAGUAAGAAUAUAAUCCACCAAAGGAACAACAAAAUAAGUUUAACCUGUUCAGAAGAACUGGAACCAGGAAAGAUGUAACAAAAUUGACAAGGCAGGAAGCACUUGAUCUUCACCACCACGUGUUUCAUCAUGGUUACUGUGGUCAAUAUGCUAAUGAGCGGCUGAUAAUGAGCUGGACAAGCAACAUCAAAAAUGUGAUAGCCACUUCGUUGAUGACCAGAAAGGGUGUAAAUUGUACUCAUUCACUACAGUAAGACAUGGUCAACACCAUGGAAUUGACCUUCUGUACUUGAAGUAUCAGAAACAAAAUCUAUCCCUAUUACAAGAUCAAAGGAAUAUGCCGCCUUGCAAACAAGCAGCCUGCUGAGUUUGAGAGAUUAUAGCAGACAAGUGUAUAAACAAAUUAACCCAAAUGUGUGUAAUUAAUCAAGCAGAAAGGUCCCUGUACCAGGCUGUAUCAUGAUACCAUACACAAGUUGACCACCAAGAAUGUUAUUGACAGUUUAGUUGAGGGGGAGGGUGUCGUGGUCACACGACAUCUUCCGUCGACGCACUCAAGAAAGACAAAGACCGAUUUGUACGCAUCUCAUGUUCUUUAUACGAUAUCUCUGAUGAUGAUGGUUAAACUGUAAUGACAAAUAAACAACCACGUUUCAACAAUGGUUCAAGGACAUACACAGAGAGUUGUACAUUUUUUAUAAAACUAAAGACAAAGACAAAGUCACAACCUUGAAGACAAUCGCACCACACAGUGCUGCCACCUGCGAACAUCAACCGUAACUAAAUUAUUGGUCUAAACCUUCAUAAACAGCUCAAUCGCCAGCACAGAUCCUAUCAAAGUAUUUUACUUGUUACAUAUAACGCUUGUACCUCAAAUGGGUUUGUUUAAAGAUGUUAUAGAGAGGAAUAAACUCAAUUUAAGCGAUUCGGACAACCACGUGACCCACGUGGCGGGAAGAAAAGACAGUGGCCCAUGCCGAGCUUACUAAAGACGCCUAAUACAAGCAAACUAUAGAAGUAUUUAAGUUUAAAAGACAUUCUCCAAAUGCCUCAGACUUACAUCUGUAUCGAAGUCCCUACUGAGUAGACGGUACUUUACAGUAGCAUUUUAUAUGAACAUUAUAAAGAUUAGGGGACAAAUAAGUUAUGUUUUACACGAAAGAAAAUGGCGUAAGCGUUUUUACAUAAAUGUACCAAUUCCGACUCUGCCGGAGCUACACAAUAAACUGUCUUCGGCCUAUAUGCAAACAGGACACGACAUAGCGGCCCCAACAAGCGACUCACCAUUAAGACGCUUGUUACAUAACACGGAGUGUCCUUGAUAACUCCAAAAUUGGUUGAAAUCAUUCAACUAUAGACCAAGAAAUGUCUGGCGAAUAUAACUAUAGAUCCUUUAAAUUUCCGUACACUGUUCACAGUAAUACCGGUAAUAAAGUCCUGACUUCUCAUCAACUGAGAACACUAGUCCUUAAGCUGCAGGGAUAAACCCUAUCCAGUCUAGAACCACAUAGAAACAGUGUCAUCCAAGGAAAGCGACAUAAUGGAUUUCAAAUCCACUCCAAUGAACAUAGAAACACAAACAUAACUUGCACAAUAAUUGCCAUGUAUCAGCUGUCUGGCUCCCCAACGCCCACUGCAUUAAAUAACAGUGAAAAAGGCUAAAAAACUGUUCUGAAUGAGAACCUGGUUCAAAAACAGAGCAGAACCAUUGUAAGAUCCGGCCGAAAUCUUACAACAGCAUGAAACUAUAGAAAGGAGCGAGCCUGACAACUAAUACUGCAAUAACACAUGGUGAACACAUCCGAAUUUGAAUCCACUUGAUCCAUAGAACUUAUCAUCCUUGAAUCCAAGAAUUCCACUCAAAAAUAGUACUUGCUCAGAAAACUUUCACAAAUUACACAGCUAGCCCUUUCAUAACAAUUAAGCCAAUAUUAAUCUCUGAUACAACCCACAAAGUAUGUUCCCAGGAGACAUUAUUUCCCAAGGUAAACAUCCAAAUCAAAUUCAAAUAACACUCAGAGAUAAAGCAAGGCUAAUUGACACAAGAGCGCUACUUGUGGUCAACAUGGUCACUAUUUCACUUGGUCUCAAUAUUUCACUUAAGAAGCUUUUUCCCAAGAUAAAGAACAGUGCUCCAAUAUACUAGUAUGAAUUCUGAUAGUCUAACGGACACAAACGUCUGGUUUGUCUUCGACGGCUUCAAGCAAGCAGAGCUUGGCAAUGGGGCGAUGAUACUCUGCUGAUGCAGUUUUCACUGUCGCUGAUCUUACAACAUCAUCCGUUCCUGGGUAUACUUCGGUAAUACGACCCAGGGUCCACUGGCUUCGUCUGAUAUUGUCCUCUGCCAACAUGACUAGAUCCCCAACUCGUACAUUUCGCUUUUCUGUCUGCCACUUCUCUCUGCGCUGCAAACCUGGCAGGUACUCCUUAAGCCAUCUUUUCCAAAAAAGAUCAAGAAGAUAUUGCACCUUCCUCCAUUCCCGUCGGAGGAGAUGAUCCUCUUUUACAAAUAUGCCAGGCGGUAGUCCUGACACUUUUCUAUGCAGAAGGAAGUGGUUUGGCGUCAGUACUUCGAGGUCCUUGGGUUCGUCCGACACAGAGCAAAGAGGACGGCCAUUCAUAAUGGCUUCGGCUUCAGCCAACAAUGUACGUAAACCGUUUUCCGUGAGCAGGCGAUCACCCGACAGUGCUUUCAAGUGAUGUUUUGAAGUCUUCACCAAACGCUCCCAAACCCCAGACAUGUGAGCGGCAGUUGGGGGUUGGAAUAUAAACUUGAUUCCACGUUGCUGCAUGUUAUCAGUGAUUGUCCUUUGAUUCCAAGUCUCAAUGGCCUCUCGCAACUCCCUUUCGGCUCCCGUGAAAUUCGAACCGUUAUCACACCUGAUCACUUCUGGGGGUCCUCGUCUGCUUAUGAACUGUCGAAGGGUGAGAAUGAAAUCAUCUGUGCUGAGAGACUGCACCUUUUCGAGAUAGACAGCACGGGUUGCAAGACAAGUAAACAAACAACCCCAGCGUUUAGCAGUCCCGCGGCCCCAUUUCACCUCUAGGGGGCCAAACAGAUCCACACCAGUGAAGCUGAAACUGGGCUUGUAGGGUGUAAGUCUGCAUGCAGGUAAGGCAGCCAUCACUUGUUCCAUUGGCCUAGCAUUUUGGCGACGACAAUCGAUGCAUUCACGGACAAUCUUCUUGGCCAGACGGCGGCCUCCUAAGACCCAAAACUUCUUCCGGGUUUCAGCUAGAGACUGUUCUCGGCCAGCGUGAGCCAAGUCGCCAUGGGCCUGGCGCAUGACUAACUUGCUGACAUAGUGUUCUUUGGGCAGGAUUAUAGGGUGUUUUUCAUCCUCAGACAACGUUGGCGCUUUCUCUAAUCGCCCGCCGACUCUUAGAAUGUUAUCCACAAGUAUGGGUUUCAAACCUUUCAUAGUCUCUCCUUUCACUUCCUUACCAUUUCUCAGCUGAUGAAUUUCUUGGGCAAAACUUUCAGCUUGGAUUGUCUCGAUUAUCCACCUUGAGGCUUUCUCUUCCUCUUCAGCAGUCACAAAUUCUGGAACAGGACCGGUUUUUCCCAUGCUCAUUACAAAAGCUGCCUUCGUUGUCAAACUUGACCAUGACUUGGCCUCGAGUAUUAGCUUGUGUAGACCACAUUCCUUCACGUCCAGUUCGGUUGUGACCAACACAGUUUUCUCACGUUUCACUGCGACGUCCGUGUCUGGCAGGGGGCCAACAUCACUUUCAGGCCAAUAUUCCUCUGACUUCAGGAGGAACUCUGGUCCUUGCCACCAACGCUUCAGAUCUGCCAUGGCACUUGGUUUCACUCCACGUGAAGCAUCGUCUGCUGGAUUUAAGCUGCCAGGACAGUGUCUCCAUUGUCCUGGUGUUGUAACGUCUCUAAUUUCCGCGACUCUGUUCGCCACAUACACAUGAAAUCUCUUCGUUUCGUUUUGAAUGUACUGCAGUACAGUCAUUGAGUCAGUCCAAAACGUUACUCUGGCUAUUUUCAAUCUCAGCUCCUCCUGGAUAGAACUAGAGAUUCGCGUGGCUAACGUUGUGGCUUGUAAUUCCAGUCUAGGGAUGGACGUGGUUUUCACAGGUGCACAUCUUGACCUACCAAUGACGAGUGAACAACUGACAUCCCCGUUGGGAUAUUCAAACCUAAGGUAAGCGCACAUUCCAUACCCUAUGGAGGAGGCAUCCGAAAAGUUGUGCAGUGAAAUGUCCUUCACCUCCUGCUGACAAACCAAGUAACACCGUGGUAUUUUCACGCCAGUCAAUGAAGACAACUCAUUUUUCCAGUCUUCCCAGUUUCUUAGCUCAUCUGCUGGCAGUGGAUCGUCCCAAUCCUUCUGUAUCUUCCACAAACGCUGCAUGAUAUUCUUGGCCUCCAAUAUGACUGGGCAUAUGAGUCCAAUUGGGUCAAAAGGCGAACUUAGCGCUGACAGGACGCCUCUCUUGGUGUCGGGUUGACUAGGCUUGACGACGCUAAAUUUGAGGACAUCCUCCUCAACAUCCCACUCAACACCUAGGGCUCUUGAGACGGGUAACUUGUCUAAGUCUAGGUUUAGUAGGGACUUUGCUCGCUCACUCUCAGGAACAGUGUUCAAAACCUCUCGGUCAUUGCUAAUCCAUCCGGUCACUCUGAACCCGCCAUUGUCUCUCAAUAGUUCUGUUACCUCCUGGAUCUGACCAAUGCCAGUUUCUGCAGUAUCGACGCUGUCUACAUGGUCGUCUACGUAAAAGGACCUCUUAAUAGCAUUUACUGCUUGUUCACUGAAUCCUACACUCUUCUCCGCGGUUUGUUUAAGUGCGUAGUUGCAGCAGCAUGGAGAAUCCUUAGCGCCGAAAAUGUGUCGUACCAUUUUACACUCAACGACCGGGCCAGUCAGGUCUCCGUUUUCCCACCACAGGAAUCGGAGCGCUUCGUUGUCAUCAUCUGGUACUCCAACUCUGAGGAAGAAACCUUCAAUGUCUCCUACAAUAGCGACUGGCUGUUCACGAAAUCUCAAAAGUAUACCGAGCAGGCUGUUAGUCAAAUCAGGGCCAUUUAGCAGCUGGUCAUUUAGAGAAACACCCUUGAACUUUGCGGCUGCAUCAAACACAACCCUUACCUUUUCAGGUUUGCGAGGAUGUGUUACGGAGUGGUGCGGCAAAUACCAUGUUUUAGAAUUACCCUUUAGUUUUUCUUCUUCGCUCAGUUGCACAGCAUAUCCCUGGCUAAACAGUUUCGUCAUGAACGCAGUGUAUUUUUCAUGAAGCUCUGGGUUCUUAACUAACUUCCUUCUCAGCGACUCUAAACGAGAUUCAGCCAAUGCUCUGUUGUCUGGCAGCCAUGUGUUCUCAGCUUUCCAUAGCAUGCCGACUUCAUACCGGUUGUCCGUUUUUCUAGUUGUGUCCUCGAGUCUUUUCAAAGCACGGCGGUCUUCAGCAGACAUCCCUUUCUUCUCCACGACACCUAAACUAUCCAACUCCAAGAACUGAUGUAGGUGCGACUCUGGCCGAGUUUCACCAUACUUCAUGAAGUGCGCAUUUACCUUCUGUUUACUAUCACUCCCGGCCGGACUGAUUGGUCCAAAUACAGACCAGCCAAGUAAUGUUCGUACAGCGAAAGGUUCACCAGCUUUCCCCAGUCGACUUUCCAAGUGAACCUGAACCUCAGGGACGUUUGCACCUAUGAGCAUGGUAACGUCUUCAAUGUCCACUUCUGGCAUUUCAAUGUCCUCCAAGUGAGGCCACUUACUCACGUUUGGGCGUGCAGUGUUUAUAUCCAGAGUGGGCACCACAACUCCUUGGAUGCCAACUUUCUUCGAUGGUGACCUUACAGCCUCCACCUCAAGGCUAACCCUAUUCACAAUGAGAGACGAUUCACCCGCCAUUGUUGAUAUGGCCAUGGUCUCUUGACUACCAACUCGGAGCUUCAGCCUAUCACUGAGUGACUUCCUGAUGAAAGUUUCUUCACUCCCCGAGUCCAAUAGAGCAUAAGUUGUUACUGAAGCACCUGGACCCAAAACCCUUAUUGGGACAACCUGUAGGGCUACCCUUGGUCUGGAUGACCCUACCGCAUACGAAUUUGCGACAUCUGGUUGGUUUGAUGAGGCUGGCGCACCUGCUUGGUCACCAUUGUAUUUAAAUUUAUGUAACAGUGUGGAGUGUUUCCCAGGACAAAUAGUACAUUGUCGCUUUACUUGACAGUCCGCAAGAUAAUGUUUGGCAAGGCAAUUAAAACAUAGCCUGUUCGUUCGAACGAAACUAUCCCUUUCCUUCAGCGUUUUUCUUUUAAACUGAGGACAAUCAGCUAUCUUGUGAUUUUCACUGCAAUCGUAGCACUUUGGUUUAGUCUUGGCGUUGUGCUUGUGGCUUGCAUGGUCAUCCUCCACUUGGGUGGUGAAGGUUGAUGUCUUUCCGGGUUUGAUGUUGUCACUGCCACGUUUACUGAAGACGACGUCAGUCUUGGCCUUGGUUUUAUGCGAGUCUCCGAUUUUUCCAAAUAUGGGGUCACUAGCCGCAUCAGCUUCUUCUUCGAUAAACAUCACUAGUCUUUCAAGUGAAGGAGGGGAAUUUCUUUUCCUCAACUGCUGGGCCUUGUUUCGCCAUUUAACUUGGAGAGGGAUCGGUAGCUUUCGAGCCAUGAUUGCCAGGUUGGCACUAUUCAUUUCGCCAGUGGCUUGCAAAGUUACUAGAGUUUCAUAAACUGUCCUAGCCUUGUCAGCAAAAUCACACAGGGCCUGCGUGUCAUUGAUUGAAAUUGUAGGUGUGUGAAUAAGGGAACUAAUGCAAGCUUCUCUAACGGCGUGAGGCUGGCCAAAGCGCCGUUCUAGGACAGCUAGCGCCUUAACCAAGCCCCCCGUGACACCAUCGAAUCCAACUAUGGCGCGUUUUGCUCGCCCCUCAACGAACUGCAUGAGGUGAGCCAUCUUGUGGGCCUCACUAAGGCUUUGCGACCCGAUCAUCUGGUCAAAACGCGUUUUAAAUUUGUGGUACUGACUGGAAUCACCAUUGAAUUUCACAAUGUCUAGCGCAGGCAAAGUGGCCUUCAAGGCAAAUUUGUCCAUGGUACUGACGAACUGCUCCAUGCUGGUAUCUCCAGCAUAGCCUGGCUUAGUCACCUCGACAUUUGACCUAUCUUUACUGGCAGUGUCACAUUUUUUAUUCAAGGCUUCCUGAUCAGCCUUCAGUUCAGCAAUGAUUUGGUGAAAGGAGUCAACAAACUGAUUAACUACUUCAUGUACAUUGUUAUUGUUUUCUAACAACACCUUAGGAACGGUUUCUUGACGACCACUGUCAUUGUUGACAGCAGGCACUAUUCUUGAGGGCAAUUCUCUCCCUUCAGUGUCACUGUCCGGGGCUCCUAACAAACUAAUGUCACGUUCCAAACGAAUUUUUCGUUCAAUUGUCCUUAUCUCGCGCCUCGUGCUUUCCAGUUCAGCUUCGACACGACGUUUCGUAGCAGCUUCAGCUAGCAAGUCUAGGUAGCUCCCAUUGCCACCAGGCAGAUCACCUCCCGUGGCCAUGACGAAUAAGAUUUUAACUUAUGUCGUGGUCACACGACAUCUUCCGUCGACGCACUCAAGAAAGACAAAGACCGAUUUGUACGCAUCUCAUGUUCUUUAUACGAUAUCUCUGAUGAUGAUGGUUAAACUGUAAUGACAAAUAAACAACCACGUUUCAACAAUGGUUCAAGGACAUACACAGAGAGUUGUACAUUUUUUAUAAAACUAAAGACAAAGACAAAGUCACAACCUUGAAGACAAUCGCACCACACGGUGCUGCCACCUGCGAACAUCAACCGUAACUAAAUUAUUGGUCUAAACCUUCAUAAACAGCUCAAUCGCCAGCACAGAUCCUAUCAAAGUAUUUUACUUGUUACAUAUAACGCUUGUACCUCAAAUGGGUUUGUUUAAAGAUGUUAUAGAGAGGAAUAAACUCAAUUUAAGCGAUUCGGACAACCACGUGACCCACGUGGCGGGAAGAAAAGACAGCGGCCCAUGCCGAGCUUACUAAAGACGCCUAAUACAAGCAAACUAUAGAAGUAUUUAAGUUUAAAAGACAUUCUCCAAAUGCCUCAGACUUACAUCUGUAUCGAAGUCCCUACUGAGUAGACGGUACUUUACAGUAGCAUUUUAUAUGAACAUUAUAAAGAUUAGGGGACAAAUAAGUUAUGUUUUACACGAAAGAAAAUGGCGUAAGCGUUUUUACAUGAAUGUACCAAUUCCGACUCUGCCGGAGCUACACAAUAAACUGUCUUCGGCCUAUAUGCAAACAGGACACGACAGAGGGGGCUGUGCUGGGUGGACUCCAGCCAUUCAUAAGCCACAUACAUCAAGGGGUGUGCAUAUUCAUUGAGAAAAGUGGUUGAAUUCCACAGCCAAGAUGUCAAUCAAAGGUCUCCCAUCAAUGGUCUCUUGUUUUAGACAUAGAAACUUUUUCUAUCCCAAUUAGAAGUUGGGGGUGGGGUGUGUGUUGGACAGUACUCACAAUGAAAUGCAUUUUAUGCUCUCAAAAGUGCUUAAAUGGAAUACAUGUUGCAUUAGGAUUGUAGUGUGGUAUGUAUCUAACAAUAUUAAGCAUGUUUUUUGAGGUAAAAAAAGAUUUGGGCUGUGUCAGAGUCAUUUCAAAUAAUGACCCCAGCUAUCAAAGCACUAUCUGAGAUCAUAGUGCAUUGAAACUGGAAUGCACUAGAUAGUACACAAACUAGGUCAAUCCAGAACGAGGCUGACUUUGGCCUAUUUUGUAUAAGUUUUGACCCACGUUGUACACUGUUAAGUGAUUUGCGAAUGAAAUAUUCACAUUAUGCUGACAACUGCAUUGAAUUUGGUGUAUUAGCUUGUGAGUGAUCAUACAUGUUUGAAUAGGUGUUGAUAAUUCACACAAGCUGGUACAUUUUAAUUUUUUUAGACAUUGAUAUUACUAAAAUGCACAUCAAACAUAAGAUUUUAUUGUCUUAUGCUACCAGGUGAUUUGACGUUGUUGUUGUUGAAAACAUUUUGUGUAUCGAUCUCGUACUUUUUCACAGUUUAGGACAUCAUUAAUAUGUUUUGUGUAUUUUGUUUAUUUUUACUUGCAUGCAUAAAAGUUACAUUCACAAAAUCAAAAAGUAAGUGGCAGCAAAAAAGGAAAUGAUUGAAAUUAGGCCUAUUGGUACAGGAUUGUCGAAGUGCUAAUGCAAUUUCUUGAACUAAAAUGACUGCAAAUAUUUAUGGGUUUAUAGCACAAUGUUAACACGAAGUUGUUUAGGCGAAAGGACUGUGCCAUUUCGCAAUGGAAUCAUGGGAUUGCCCUCUCCCAAUACCAUGGCUGGUCGAUCAAGUUAAUUUUCAGUUCGCAAUCCCUUGAUUCAAAUCAUCAUAUAACACACUACAGUUCAUUUUAAGAACACUGACGUUCAUAUUUUGAAUACAAUGCAACUGAAUUGCGUUCUACAUGUAGGUCACUUUUAGUUUUUGAUUGCAUUAUUAAGUAUGUAUGUACAUUUUAUGUGCUUUUUUACAAGGAAACUGAAUUAUAUGCCAAAAUGUUUAGCUGCCUGGUACGCAAUGGGCCAUCUACCGAUAAUGCUAAUUGCUGAAUGGACUUGAGUAUAUUAAAGUAUACCCGUGUUAAUUCUUGAGGAGAGACCAAGCUAAUAUUCUGUUGUGUUCAGAAAGUGUCAUUUGGCUGUUAAAUACUAGUAUUCAACUGUAAGAAAUAAAUUAUGGUACUGAUUCAAA